AAAAAAAUGUAAAUAAAUGAAAAUAAAAAAAUCAAAAAAAAUAAGCUUAGAAAUGAAGCUAGAUGCGAACAUACUCUGAAAUUACUUAGAGUUGGUCUUAUUCUCCUUUAAACACACGUUCCGACACAAAAAUCACCUCCAUUUUGCUCUCUCUUACAGUUCUACUCCAUCAUCAUAAUUAGUUUUAGUAUUUCAGUUCCAAAGAAAGAGAGAGAGAGAGAGGACUGUGUUUUUUUGGUGGUUGCAGUGAAAAUAUAUAUCCUUUUCUUCUUUCUGUCAUGGAAGCUCCUCCCUCUAAAAAGUCUAAAUUAGGUUUUCGCUGGUGGCCAUUCAGCCUCAGGUCUCGCGUCCCAUCUACUUAUUCAUAUGAUCUUGAGAAACGUGAGGAAAUUGAGAAUAUGAGAGUGCCAGGAUUCAGAAAAUUCAGUUUGGAUGAGCUCAGGACAGCAACCUCAGGAUUUGCAGUAGACAACAUAGUAUCUGAACAAGGUGAAAAAGGCCCUAAUGUUGUUUAUAAAGGCCAGCUUGAAGAUGAAGGUAGUAGUUUGGUUGCUGUUAAGCGUUUCCACAAGUCUGCUUGGCCUGAUCCUCGCCAAUUUCUGGAGGAGGCUACAGCAGUAGGGCAGUUGAGGAGCGAGAGGUUGGCAAAUUUGAUCGGAUGUUGUUGCGAUGGAGAUGAGAGGUUAUUGGUGGCUGAGUUCAUGCCUCAUGAAACUUUGUCCAAUCGUUUAUUUUAUUGGGAAACCCAACCACUGAAAUGGUCUAUGAGGCUGAGAGUCGCUUUAUAUGUAGCACAAGCAUUAGACUAUUGCAGUAGCAGAGGGCUAGCACUGUACCAUGAUCUCAAUGCCUAUCGAAUCUUAUUUGAUCAGGAUGGCGAUCCCAGGCUUUCUUGUUUUGGCCUAAUGAAGAACAGCAGUGAUGGAAAAAGCUACAACACAAACCUGGCUUUUACUCCUCCAGAAUACUUAAGGACAGGUAGGAUCACAGCUGAGAGUGUUGCAUUCAGUUUUGGCACACUAUUGAUUGAUCUCCUCGCUGGCAAGCAUAUUCCUCCUAGCCAUGUUCUUCACUUGCUACAUGGGAAGAACAUUCAGGUCCUUGUAGACUCCUUUUUGGAGGAUGAUUUCUCAAAUGAUGAUGCAGCAGAAUUAGUUCGAAUAGCUGCACGCUGUUUACAAUAUGAGCCUCGUGACCGGCCAAAUGCCAAGGCUCUUGUUAUUUCUCUCAAUCCUCUUCAAAAGGAGAGAGAGGUUCCGUCGCAUGUUUUGCUAGCUAUUCAUCAUAAAACUGCAUCUCCAGCAAAUCUAUCACCUCUCGCUCAGGCUUGCUCAAUAUUAGAUCUAACUUCUAUUCAUCAAAUAUUGGUGGGAGUUCAUUACAGAGAUGAUGAGUGCACAAAUGAACUUUCAUUUCAAGUGUGGACAACCCAGGCACAGGAGGCACUCAAAUGCAGAAAGCGGGGUGACACUGCCUUUCUAGAAAAAGACUUCACAAAUGCUAUUGUUGGUUAUACUGAGUGUUUGGAGUUUGAAACCUUGGUAUCACCGACAGUCCUUGCUCGGCGCGCUCUGUGUUUUUUGAUGAACAACAGGCCACAAGAGGCCCUUGCAGAUGCCAUGCAAGCUCAAAUGAUUUCCUCUGGUUGGCCAACCGCGUUUUAUCUUCAAGCAGCAACCCUGUUUAGCUUAGGAAUGGACAGUGACGCAAUUGAGAUGCUUAAAGAUGGAUCAUCAUUGGAAACCCGAGAUAAGCUCCAGUGACUUCCCUCAACGGAAGUCUUGGAAUGAACAGCAAGAUGGAAAGAUACUUCAAAAUGGCUCCCUUCAAUGGAAGCCAGAAGACCACAAAUUUAGAAUGUUCAAAAAUACUUGGACCUCUAGUAUUUGAUGUUGGGGCGAUUUACCUAAAAAAAUUCUUUAAAAUAAAGGUGGACAAUUUAAUUUUUUAAAAAUAUAUGUGGACAUAUAUAUAUAUAUAUAUAUAUAUAUUUCUGGAUUUCACAAAUCCGAAGGUUCAUUAAAAUUAAACCGUCGGAUUUCAGAAAUCUGAAUAUCCAAAUAAUAUUAAAAUAAUAAAUAUUUACAUUUUGUGAAAAUACAAUCAAAAAAGUCAGAAAAUGAACAGUACACUUCAGAAUUGUAAAUUCCGAAUUCAAUAAAAUAAAAAAAUACAGAAGGAAAAUUGAGGCCCGAAAUUUUUGAAUUUCAACUCCGGAAUUUAGUAAUCCGGACUAAGGAAUUCGGAUUUUCAAAAUCCCGACUAUAUUAAAUUUUAGUUGGUGGAAGUAGGCAUUUGUCAUAAAUUGGAGGACCAAAAAAAAGGAAUUAAAAAUCCGUAAUUGACUAAACUCGGAUUUAUGGAAUCCGAGCUUAGUAGGAGUCGGAUUUGUGAAAUUCGAACUACUUACGUAUUCGGAUAUCGGUAAUCCGAGUUUAGCGUGAUAUAAAUGAAAAAAAAGAAGACAGUUCUCAUUUGAGAAUUGAAUUGGACUUUCUGUUUCUGCGGCUCUUGGUUGGCGAAUUGGAGUUUUUGAUGCAACCUUAUCGCUAGAUACGUGUGGAUCGUUAUUUGAAAGAGGUUAGAUUGCAAAACCAUGUUAGUUAGUUUAUUUUUGUGUUAUUUUGAUUGUUAGAACGAUAAAUGAUAGAUUAGGGUUUUUGUUUGUUGAUUGUUU